AGACAAUGCCAUCCGGGUCGCUGACGUCAUCCUCCAGGGUUUCUUUACUCCAGCAUCUAGGUCUCGACAUCUACAACAAUAAAUGUAGCUUCGGUACAAGAUUUGGUCAAACUUUGCUGCUGGUUCUUCUGCUUGUGGCUGGGUUUUUGCCUGCGUCAAUUCUCAUCAGCGAGAAGACGUCCGAGAUGUUGAGACUGUCCCAGCUGUAUGAGGAUAACGUCUACAUCACAGGGAUGAUGUCGGAGAUAGGAGAUUUGAUCCACGAGCUUCAGCUAGAGAGAGGGAAAACAACCAUAUACCUGACGUCAGGGGAUAACAAGAGGGACGGGCCGUUUCGAAACGUCAUCAACCAGGUGUGUGACGAUUGUCCAACCAUCUCAGAGCAGAGAGCAUUGGUUGAUUUGGCAACAAGCAAACUUUCUGAAUGGCCCCAGAGCGUGGCUGAACAACUAGGACAGCUGGAGGCAUAUAGGAGUUCUGUGGACGCCUUCAGAAAGCAAGUGGAUAACAAUAGCGUCACUUACUUGGACAAUCUAGCAUUUUACAGCCAAAUCAAUACAGUCCUGAUACAAUGGAUGCAGAGUGUCAUCUAUAACUACUCCCCUGGCGAUAGAUGGCUGGACCUCAAUGCUUAUCAUUUGGUGACCUUGGCAGCAGAGCUCUUUGGUUUAGAAAGAGCACGCGGAUCCGUCUUCUGGAAUAAAGGUUAUUUUAGUAAAGAAGAGUUUCAAUUCUACAUAAAGGAUCAACUCAAUGGGAAAGAAUGCCUGUAUGAGGCCAAGCAAUUUUCUGAGAUUAUAAAGGAGCAAAUGACACUGGCCCCAAGGCAACAACUCACGGAAACUAUCGAAACCAUGCGAUCUGUGAUCAUCGGAAACUACACCACCCCUUCCCUAGAACGGGCCACACAGUGGUUCAAUAACAUGACAGCAUUUAUAGACGCCCUCAAGUCAUCUCAGAUACUUUUGAGUGAAAAAAUUGCAAACGCCACCUUGGCGGCUGGACGCAACAGUUUCAUCACCAAAGUCUACGCCUCUAUCAUCUUCAUUGUUGAACUGGCCAUCUAUCCCUUGGACGUAGUGCUGUGCAUUCGGCUGGUGUCCAACAUAAAAGCCAUGUCUGCCAGAAUCGUGAAGAAAUCUCAGAAACUGGUCAGAGAACAAAUGAGACGUCGGGAGAUGCUGAAUGAGAUGUAUCCCAAGGCAAUAGCUGACAGAUUACUCAAGGGCUCAGUGGUAGCGCCCGAGAUCUUCCAGCAAGCCACAGUUUGUUUCGCCGUCAUGUGCGACUUUGACGACAUCGUCCGCGAUUGCCCUGGCGACGUCACCAUCGCCAUCGUCAACCAGGUCUUUGACGUCAUCGACGGUGAGAUGUCCAAGCAUGACGUCUUUAAGAUUGAGACUCUAGAAGACACAUAUCUCCUAGUCUCAGGAGUACCCGAGAGAAAUGGCGACAAUCACGUGACUGAGAUAGCCAACUUCUGCUUGAGCCUGAAGGACAAAAUGUCAAGUCUGCUCUGGGAUACUAGUGUUUUCGGUCAAGGCAUUCGUCUGAAAUUCGGUGUCAAUUCAGGCGUAGUGGCUGCAGGUAUCGUAGGGCUGAAAAUGCAGCGUUAUCUUCUGUUUGGAGAUACUGUCAACCUGGCUUCAAGAAUGCAAUCAACCAGUGAGCCUGAUCGUAUUCAUUUGUCACCCUCAAGUGGAUCACUGCUCAUGCUAGACUCGACAUACUUGCUAGAACAAAGAGAACAAGUCCACAUUAAGGGCAAAGGACACAUGCAUACUUACUGGUUGUUGAGCAGAACAUAGUGACUGCCGUAUUUUCUCGCAUAUAACCCGCAGACGCGUGUAACUCGCACAAAUU